AUGGGCAUACUUUUCUCAAAGAUUAUCUUUUAUGAAGAUAGGAACUUCGGUGGCCGUUACCAUGAAUGCAUGAGUGACUGUGCUGACCUACAUUCCUACUUCAACCGCUGCCACUCCAUCAGAGUGGAAAGCGGUUGUUUCAUGGUCUAUGACCGCACCAACUUUAUGGGCCGCCAGUACUUUUUGAGACGUGGCGAGUACCCUGAUUACAUGCGUACAAUGGGAAUGAAUGAUUGCGUCAGAUCCUGUCGGAUGAUUCCACUGCACCGUGGGUCCUUCAGAAUGAGGCUCUACGAGCAUUCAGACAUGGGUGGCAGGAUGAUGGAGCUCAUGGAUGAUUGCCCCAACCUUAUGGAUCGAUUCAAUAUGUCCGACUUCCAUUCCUGUCAUGUGAUGGAUGGGCAUUGGCUCGUGUUUGAGCAACCCAACUAUACGGGCAGGCAGUUCUACCUGAGACCUGGCGAGUACAGGAGUUACAGUGACUGGGGUGGCGUGACUUCCAGAAUGGGCUCCAUCAGACGAAUCACGGAUCUCUAA